AUGCUGGAUGAGCUGCUACCCAAGCAGCCUACGAGUCCCCAAGUUCAGGAGCACAUGGCGCUAGCAGAGAGGAAGGCAGGCAACACAGGAGCUGCCAGGGCGUGGUACCGCUGUAGCGCCCAAGGCUAUGAGGAGGCUCUGGCGGUGACGGUUGGUACCACAUCCGCAGCAUCCGCCAGGGCGUGGUACCGCCGCAGUGCACAGACCUAUGAGGAGGCGGCUCUGGCGGUAUGGGCCCUCCUCGAAGCAAAGGCUGGCCAGGUGGACCGCAUGCGAGCCCUCUUCCGCUUGACUCUAUCACCCAACCCCAAGUCCAUCCCCACACUGCACGCAUGGGCGUGCCAGGAGGCCCGACUAGCCACAACCGAGAGUAGAGAGACAUCCAGGGGACUGUUUGUGAAGUGCUUGGAGGUGCAGCAUGGGUGUGUGCGGGCGUUGCAGGCGUGGGGUGGGAUGGAGCAUGCAGCAGGAGAUGUUGAGGCGGCAAGGCGGCUAUUUGACCGCUGCCUGGAGGCUGCUCCCCACUCAGUCCCCACUCUUGAGGCAUACGCAUGCUUGGAGCGGCAGCAGGGAAACUUAGCCAAGGCCCAUUCCCUCCUAUCACUAGCCCUCUCAGCCCAGCUGGGCAACGCAGCAUCGCUGUAG